AUGUAUGCACCUACCACUGACUACAAACUGAAGAAGAUACACGGACACAGGGUUACCGGAACCAAUACAGGAGUAGGAGCAACACCAUGUAUACAUCAAACACCCUUUCCACUUCUUCCACAUCGUGAUGCUGGCAAUGAUCAAUUGUUGAUUAAAGAUGGCACAGAACAGGUAGAUAGACAGACUAACCAACAGAUGGAUGAACAAAACUCGACAAAUGGACAGGGAGAAUUAGUGUAG